UUUUUUUUCGUUUCAAUCAUUUACAAUUACAUAGUAUAUAGGUCAUAUAUUAAAUUUCUAAUACAACCGUUGAGCUCACAUAUCAUCUAAUAAUGACAAGAUUCAUUUAUGUCAAGCUAAAAUUGUUCCAAUAACUUUUUAUCGAAAAAUCAACAUUUCAGUGGGAACAGUUAAAUUGCAGCAUGUUCAUAAAAAUCACCUCCAAUAUUGGUAAAAUACAAGUGCGCACUUUAAAGACUCCUGUUGCAACUGCCAAAUGGAACAGCAAUAUUCUACCCUUGCACAUAGAGGACCCUGUUCCAAGCGAUAUACAAAUUUCGCGCUCACAAAAACCAAAAUCCAUAGCCAAAUUAGCAAGUGAAAUUGGUAUUCUCGAGGACGAAAUCUCCCUGUAUGGUAAGACAAAGGCAAAAGUUUCCCUGUCGGUUAAUGACAGACUUAGGAACGAGAAGAAGGGAAAAUAUGUUGUGGUCACCGCCAUAACACCUACUCCAUUUGGCGAGGGCAAGAGUACAACGUUGUUGGGGUUAGUUCAAGCCUUAUCCAGUCAACUUCGAAAAAAUACAUUUGGAACUUUAAGACAACCUUCACAGGGUCCAACAUUUGGCGUUAAAGGUGGUGCAGCUGGUGGUGGUUAUGCCCAGGUUAUACCAAUGGAAGACAUGAAUUUACAUCUAACUGGUGACAUUCACGCUAUUACAGCCGCAAAUAACUUAUUAGCAGCUCAACUCGAUGCCCGCAUUUUUCAUGAAGCCACUCAGAAAGACGACACCCUAUUUCAACGGCUCGUACCAAAAAUUAAGGGUAACAGAUCGUUCUCCACAAUACAGUUGAGAAGACUUCAAAGAUUGGGAAUCACACAAACUAAUCCCGACAUGCUAACGGAAGAGGAAAAAGUGAGAUUCGUUAGAUUAAAUAUUGACCCCAAUCAAAUAAUGUGGAAUAGAGUUGUGGAUAUUAACGAUAGAUUUCUUCGAGAGAUUACCAUUGGCCAAUCGCCUACUGAAAAAGGAAUGGCUAGGAAAACUGGAUUCACAAUCAGCGUAGCGAGUGAAAUUAUGGCUAUUCUAGCUUUGGCUAUUGAUAGACAAGAUUUUAAAGAGAGGCUCUCAAAAAUGAUAGUGGCAUUCGAUAAAAACGGAUAUCCAGUAACCGCUGAUGAUUUAGGAAUGACUGGAGCACUAGCAACAUUGUUACUAGAUGCAAUAGAGCCGACACUGUUGCAGACAUUAGAGGGAUCGCCUGUUUUUGUGCAUGCUGGGCCAUUUGCAAACAUUGCUCACGGUUGUAAUUCAAUUAUUGCUGAUAAAAUUGCGUUAAAGCUAGCUGGCGAAGAUGGAUUUGUUGUCACUGAAUGCGGAUUCUCAUCUGACAUUGGUUUAGAAAAGUUCCUCAAUAUCAAAUGUAGGACUUCUGGAGAUAUUCCUGACGCAGUGGUUUUAGUUACAACAAUUAGAGCACUGAAAAUGCACGGAGGAGGGCCGAAAGUAUCUCCUGGUGUUCCGCUUCCUAGUGAAUAUACUCAAGAAAAUCUGGAAUUAGUAGAAAACGGCUGUGCUAAUCUCAGGAAGCAUAUAAGUAAUGUCAAGAAGUACGGUCUUCCAGUAGUUAUCGCCAUAAAUCAUUGGAGUAAUGAUUCACCAUCCGAGACCCAGAUGGUUAUUGAAGAAUCGAAAAAAGCUGGAGCCUUUGACGCGGUUGUUUCAAAACAUUGGGCUUAUGGAGGAGCUGGUUCGGUGGAAUUGGCAAAUGCAGUGGUAGCUGCAUGUAAUGAACCGAAUGAUUUUCGUUUUUUGUACAACGAAAAUUUGUCAUUGAAAGAAAAAGUGGUGAUUAUUGCUAAAGAAAUGUAUGGAGCUGAAACAAUAACAUUCUCCGAUACAGUAUUAGAUAAAUUGUCCAAGUAUGAAAACCUUGGGUUUAAAAGUCUUCCCGUAUGCAUGGCUAAGACACCUUUGUCGUUGACAGGAAAUCCGGCUAUAAAAGGAGCUCCCACUGGGUUUGAUUUGAAAAUUAACGAUGCCUCUUUAUCAGCAGGAGCAAAAUUCGUGGUGAUACUUGCAGGGGAGAUUACCAGAAUGCCUGGAUUGCCAACACGUCCAGCCAUUUAUGAUAUUGAUGUUGAUGUAGCAACUGGAGAAAUUUCGGGAUUAUUUUAAUCACCUAUUUAAAUAUUUCUGUAACUACAUACAUAUAAGUAUUAUAUAUUUUUAAAUUUAUUACUAAAUAUAAAUUAAAAAACAGAUUUUUCAAAAACAUGUAUAUUAUAACAAUGCAAAAUAUAACAAAUAUGAUGUCUA